UUCCCCAAUUUCCCUGCUUUAUUUAUAUACACGGCGUAUUGCGCAGUCAUCGAGAAGUAAAAAUUUGUUGUGAAAUACUGCAAUUUGUUGUGGUUAUUAUCGGAAAAUUACGUGAAAACAUACAGUUGAUCAAUCAUGGCCGCUCUGCCUGCACGCAUCAAUACGCUGUUGAAAUUUCGCCGUACCCAGAGCGUUCCGCUGGCUCUGUACCACAAGAAUGUGCUGGAUCAUUACGAGAACCCGAGAAAUGUUGGCUCGCUGGACAAGAAGGAUAGCACCGUCGGAACGGGAUUGGUUGGUGCUCCGGCCUGUGGCGACGUCAUGAAGUUACAGAUCAAGGUCGACGAUAAUGGUAAAAUCAUUGACGCAAAGUUCAAAACAUUUGGAUGUGGAUCGGCCAUUGCUUCCAGCUCCUUGGCCACCGAAUGGGUCAAAGGCAAGACGCUCGCAGAAGCUGGAUCUCUCAAGAACACAGACAUUGCGAAGGAGCUGUCGCUGCCCCCGGUUAAGCUUCAUUGUUCUAUGUUGGCUGAAGAUGCCAUAAAAGCCGCUCUGGAGGACUACAAGAAGAAGCAAAAUAAAUAAAUCGAUUCUGGAAAAGGAUAAGUUUUAGUAAAGAAUGAUUGACUUGAUUGUUGUAAACCAUUGUUGAUAAAGAGUUAUUAGAAAGUAGAAUAAAAAUAUAUUAUAAUAA